AUGCUCUCACUCACGAGAAGCCUCAACCUUCUUGCCCUGUGCUUUCUCACGACGGCAACACCACAGACCACCUCAGUCCCAGGAAUCAGCAACGUCCCCUCGAGCGCCGCAAACCUCCCCGACUGCGCGACGCCCGCUCUGAUCUCGGUCCUCACGACAUCCGGCUGCGGAGCAACCGACACAAAAUGUCUCUGCAGCAAGCCCGACCUCCAACCCUUCCUCAACAACGCCGUCCAAAAAGCUUGCUCCAAUACUAAUGAUCAGAACACCGUCAAGACAUUUGCUGCAAGUUUCUGCUCGGACUCCUCGACAAGCUCGACUAGCAGUUCGAUGACCAUGACUUCGAGCAUGGGCGCUAUGAGCCCUGGAAAUCUCACGACUGCUGGUGGAAAUAGCACGAUGACCAACAGUACUACCAGCUCGGCAAGUUACAGUUCGCCUGCUCCGAGUGCGAUUAUGAUUGCGAGUACGAGUGCGGGUGCGAGUGCGAGUUUGAGGAAUACGAGCGCGGCUGCGGGAGUCGAGUUAGGUCUGAGCAGCAUCAGUGCUUUGAUUGUUGCCAUUGGAGCAUUGGUUUGGGUGUUUGCUGAGUUGUAG